CCUCUGCUGGCGUCAACCAGUUGGCCUGUUCACACCCAAAGGGGUGACAAAAACGGGACGGGCAACCCACGGGUUGAAUAGCGCCAUGGCGCUGGACAUGCUGUUUGACCGGGCUUUCGCGGCGAGGCGGUAUCCACCCGGCACAUCCUGCACUGGCAAGCACCUCAACGCCACCUCAUUCUGUAUCGACAUUUGUCUCAGCAAGGAGGUGGAUGAUGUGACCCUGGAGAGAUGCGGGGAGCUUUGUGACUGCGUCUCGUGGCACCGCGGCAGCGUGGAUUUGGUCAUCGGCAUCCUCGGCUGCGCUUCCUUCUGCGCGUGCUUGCUGGUGCUGGUGAUGGACCUCUGCAAGGCGCGGAGCACGCGAAGCCCCGCGCAGUGCGCCUGCCUGCGCUGGUCCAACUUCUGCAACUUGCUCUACAGCGUUUACUUCAUCGGCUAUGCGGUGUCGGAUGCCUGGACGCCCAUGUGGGAUGGUCCCUGCAGCAUGCAGGACCCGAGAGGGGUAAGCAAGGACCUCCUUGGCGGUGUUCUUUGUAGACACGCGUCUCCUUUGUGCUUUUUGAACUGCUGCAUCGUGGCGGUGCCCUGGUUGGAGUUCUGGGGCUACGCCUCCUACAUUUGGAACGUCAUGUGGAUCUUGGACUUGGCGCGUUUCACGCAGCAGCCACUGGCGCCCGAGAAGGUGCUGGGAAUUCCCCUGAUGGUCUACUACCACCUCUUCACCUGGCCCUGUGCCGCCAUGAUCGCUCUGGAUCCGGACGGCAGCCGCCUGAUCACCUCCACCUGCAGGGAGGCGAAGAUCGUGAUGAUGCCCUGCGUGCUGCGGCGCCAGACCAUGGGCGGCGACCUGCCCUGGUUCCAAGUCGCCGGCUCCGUGGUCAUCGCCAUGGCGGUGGCGGUCAUGGCCAUGCGCUACAUGGACGUGGGCCAGCUCUUGAGCAACGGCGCCAGGUCCCAGCGCCGCGAGAGGUUGCUCUUAGCGGUGCGGGCCUACCUCCGGAAGCAGGGGCUCCACUUCUUCUGCCUCAGCCUCUGCUCCGUGCUCAUCUUCAUCGACACCUGCCGCGCCUGCGAGGACGACGCGGGGAACUACAUCACCGCGGUGGCCUUUGCAGGCUUCGGCCUGCUGCUGAGCCUGGACCGCUUGCUCACCAUCUACAAGAAGGGCAGGACCCACCAGGAGUCCUUGCUGGAGGCCAGCCCCCUGCGCCGCAACAGCGAGAGCCUGGAGUUGGGGUCCAGCGGCAACAUCCCCAGCAUCCCCCUGGCGCCGCCGGUGCCGGACGACGGACCGGUGAGCACAGACUUCGCAGAGUACCGCCUCUUGGACUUCUCAGCACUGCAGGAGCAGCUCAUCCAAUUCCUGCGGGAUGAGGAGCUGCAGUUGGCCCAGCAGCGGAACCUCUCGGGAGGAUCCCCGGAGCAAGCGGAGAAGGCGCAGAUGGCUGUGCUGCGCGCCUCUGCACGCCUGGACGACAACCCAGACGCCCAGUGGGAUUGGAUUAUCAGCUCCGCCAACUCGGAGACGGCGUUGACGGUCAUGGCCCCAAGGUCCUUCACCUACCUCCGGCGCUUGGCCGGCUUGGAUUCCCAGGUGCUGCUGUCUGAGCUGCUCCACACCAACGUCAGCGACUUGCGGGUGGCCGCGAAGAGCGGCUCCUCGCUGCUCUGCUCCCAGGACAACCGGACCUUCGUGCUGAAGACCGUGUCCCGGAGCGAGGUCCGGCAGGUGCGACAGAUGCUGCCGGAGUGGCGGAAACAUUUGGAGGAGAACCCGAAGAGCCUGCUGUGCCGGAUCUACGGUUGUUUCAGCUUCAGGAACUCCUUGGGCUACUACCUCUACGCCGUGCUCAUGGACUGCCUCACAGGCCUGCCAGACUGCGUGACCGAAGACUUGGGCCCGGCCCGCGUCUUCGACAUCAAAUCUGAGUUCCAGGACGGCGGGUUCCGGCGCUGCUUCCCGCGGGGCUUGCGGCUGGAGCCCCCCGUGGCGACGGACCUCGAGUUCCUGUCCUCGCUUGGGGUGAUCGACUACUCGCUGCUGCUGUCGGUCUGGGAAAUCAGUUCUGACUGCCCGGAGCUGGCGCAGGGCGGCCUCUCCUCCGGCCGGAUCAUCCAAGGCGAAGACAGGAAGUACCUGGUCCGCCUGGGCAUCAUCGACUUCUUGGUGCACUGGGACGUGCGGAAGCGCACGGAGAGCGCUCUGAAGCGAACCUGCCUGCACCCGAGACAUUCGGAGCGCGUCACCAUCACGGACCCCGUCGGCUACGCCAAGCGCCAGCUACAGUUCCUCGAGUCCGUGUUCGGAAGAGGCUGAAAAAAUGAGGCUCGCGUAGAGGCAAGGAGCCAGCCGCAGGGUUGGGCUAAAUUGUUUCAGCCUACGGAGCGAAAAAAUUGCAC